AUGGCUACUUUUCUUACUUCAUCUUCUCCUAUGGCCGCCCUUCCUUGCAUUUCCAAGGUUAGAAGCACCAAUUGCCACUUCAAUACCCUACGCACCAUUAAUGGUGGUCCUAUGAUUGGAGGGCUAAUAGUUUUGCCCAAAAUCCAAAUCACAAAGGGAGCUAAACCAUCAUCUCCUCUCCCUAGUUGCUUCAAGACUACAAUCUCAUGCUCCAUCGCUCAACCGGAAACACUUCAAGGUGUCCAAGGCAUCAUAUCAAAGCAGCUGUCUAUUGAUGAAAGCACUGUGACCCCACAAACCAAGUUUGCCGAUUUGGGUGCUGAUUCACUUGACAUAGUGGAAAUUAUGAUGGCUUUGGAAGAGAAAUUUGAAGUGUCAAUUGGAGAAGGGGGUGCUGAGAAUAUCUCAACAGUUCAAGAUGCAGCUGACCUGGUUGAGAAAGUGAAGGCAACCUCAUCAGCUUAG